AUGGCAGUGGCAGUGGCAGUGGCGGUGGCAGUGACAGGGCGUUCGAGCAAAGGGGAGGGUGGCUGUGGGAAAGUCGGUUCCAUUACCAGAGGGUUGGAGGUGGGCCGCAUCGACGAUGCGUCACCCGAUGAGCAGGUGGUGGUGACGCCGCCUGAGCUACGGGGAACUGGAUUUGCCUACAAGCUGCCACCAAGCCACAUCCGGUCUCGCGCCAGUGCCAACAUUAGCUCUUUGGACUUGGUUGCAUUUGCUCAAAGUCACGCCUUUGCCGCUAACAAUGUGUUUCGUGCACAUCAGCUGAGCAUGAAGAGCGGUGGGGAAGCCGUACGCGUGCAAGCCCAGCAGUCCAACGAGAAGCAGCUUUUGCGUUUUGAAGCCGACUCCGCCACGGUGUUAGCACUGCGCGCUCAUCCUUCAAAGCCCUUUCUGGCCGUGUACUUGAUCGAUCCUGCCAGCAUGAUGCCUGCUUUGCUGCUCACCAUCAAUAGCAGCUCGACCAACACCAAGGGCCAGGAUCCUGCCAGCUUCUUGCUGCCGCCACUGCCAAUACUGUGUGUGCACCUGACAAUUGUCCUCUGCAUACCCCCCUCCAAGGAUGAUGAUCUGGCCUUUGGGCCUGCCCAUGUUGUCAAAGUGUCGGGUGAAGACGUUUUUGUGGCCCGGCUUGAUGCCCUGCAGCCCGACACGCCCCAAGAGCACACUGAAGCUGCGCCUUCCACUGACGCCCGGACAACCGUGUUCUUUGUCGAACCCUCUGACACGCCCCAGACCGCCUUUUAUACGUAUUCGGCUGGCCACCUGCGUCGUUGCGUCGGUACUGGCACACAGCUUCUGGACGCCGUGUCCUAUCCCUUGCAGUUGGAGGAUGGGCAGGAGACGAUUGCCUAUGGUCACGUUGUGUGUGGUCCCAGCGACUAUAUUGUCUUGCUCUACAUUCAAUCCCUGGAUUUUGCCACCUCACGCAUCGUGCUGUGGAACCUCACCUCCUCGGACGUGCGGACAUUCGGCCUUCAUGGCCACGGAGCGGAGCCACGCACCAUCAAUGCGGUGCAGCGUGGCGGCGCGCUUCAUCUGCUCUGGGUCAAGGGUGUGGCUCCGGCCCUGCGCAACAACCCAGCUCUAACCGAGGAAGCCAAGCAAUUGGGUGCCGUGGAUCGUGACGAUCUCUUUGAUGGCCUCAGUCCUGCACUCCAGGAACUGGUCGGCCAUUCGUACAUUUGUGCUCUGACUCUUGACAUUGCUGGUUUGUCUGCACAGCAGCUUUGCAUUUAUCCAGUACGCCAAAACCUUACGAGUUUGCACGUUUUGCAUGCCGAAGUCGUCGAGGAUAACCUUCGUUUCAACUUCCAGUCCCAGUCGCCGACGAACAACUUUUCGAAUAACCUAUUGUCGGUCGCGCUGCUUCAAGCCGAGCAGUCUGUCAAUGGCCCUGCGACUAUUCUUGCAUUCUUGGCUUUUGUGUGUGUGUGUGUGUGUGUGUGUGUGUGUGUGUGUGUGUGUGUGUGUGUGUGUGUGUGUGUGUGUGUGUGUGCGUGUGUUGGGAUGGAGCAAGGCGAGAAAACGUUUGUCUUUGUUUUGUCUCUCAAGAAUUCCUUUGGUGUGGCGCACAAUGUAGAGGGCGCUGCAAGCGCAGGUCCCAGCAGCACUUUUAUGUCGCGGUCGUCUUCAGUUACAACCACAGACGGGAUCACGGCUGCCUCUUCCCCACCCACCACGCCUUCCAGUGCUUCAGCGCAGACGCGCAUGUUGGCGCUGCUGCGGAACAGCGCGUCGACGCCCGAGGCGGCAACUUCAACGUCGCCAACGACGUCUCGCUCUGCCUCGGUUUCUAGUACCGUCGUCACAACAACUAGUGGCCCAAGUGCGCCGCGUGACGCUGGUGCUGGUCUUUUGGCCCUCUUCAACAAAGCCAAGACUCAAGCUACUAGCUCAGAAUCCGCGCCCGUGCCAGCAUCAACAUCCACACCCGCUGCCGUGCCUACACCCGCAACGGCCCCUGCCCCUGCUGUAGAGGUUUCAAGCCCGACCGCUGUUGCAACGUCCACCCCGGCAGCUGCACCAGAGCCAAUGGUCGCUGCUGCCCCACCGCAAUCGCAAGGCUCAGCUCCCGCCCCAAGCCAAAAGCAGGCUUCUUUCGUCCCACCGGGCAUUCGCCCACCUACGUCCGCAGCCAUGCCCGCGGCGCCCCUUGGCGGUUCAGUCACCUUGGAUGACGCAACACUCGAUCGCCUCGCUGAUCGCUUGGCACAGCGAAUGAACCUUGUGGGUCUGGAGGGUCGUUUGGUGGGUCGCUUGGACCAGCACAUGUCGCUGGCUACCAAGCGUCUUUCCUCUGAAGCCGAGGUCUCGCGUCGCAACCUCAAUGUCAUGUUUGACGAAAAGUUGCGUCGUCUGCUGGAGGUCAUGGCUCAACGCUCGGGAGACAAUCAAGUCACACCCGAGCUUUUGCAAGAGCACUCACAGCGCCUGGCGAAAGAAAUCAAGGCUUCACGCUCUCAGGUUGAGAAACUUGUACAAAGCUGCCAGCAGAGCAUUGAUCGCGUGGAACACGCUCAACUCAAUGCCGCCGACCUGGCCAGCAGCCUGAAGAAGCCGGUCAAGGACGUGCUUGCUCCCAUGGUAAGCACCGAACUGAACAAAAAGGUGACGGUGGCCGCCGAAACCGUGCUGGGUCAAGUCGCAGACGUGGUUUCCAAGGGCUUGACCUCGCUGCUGAGCGACGUUCAAACCAAAAUCGCCCAGCAGUGGAUUGAAGGUGGUCCUCAAGAGCGCGCGCUACAGCGCGGGCUUGGCGUCGUCCUGGGCAACGGCGUUGACGAGCAGCUCAAGCAUGUCCUCACGGCCAUCCAGCGCAUGGAAGAGCAAAUGGCUAGCCUGCGCCAAACCAUUGCUCGUUUGCCUGCAGCCCCCGAGGGUGCUACUUCUGCUGCAACACCCGGUACCGCAGGGUCUACUCCAAGCAGUGCUCGGGCAACUCCUGCGCAGGCCGCACCAACAACGCAGCAGCUGCUCACAGAGUUGGUGCAGCUGGCAGGCCGCGGUGAUACGGAGAUGGCCUUCAGCCGCGCUUUGAGCCAGCGCAAUUUGAGUUUGGUGUGUCAACUAUGCGGUGCGCUGCAACCCACGGUCAUCCAGCAUCUGACACCGCAGACACGGCUAGCCCUGCUGCAGCAGCUAUCCGUGGCUUUGGCCAAGGGCGCUGAUAAUCAGCGCGUGGUCGAGUUUCUCAUCAAGGGCGUCCAUCAACUGAACGUGCCGUCUGAGGCGCACGGCAUGGCCGUGCAGGUGUUGCAGUCGGUGCGCAGCAAUACCAUCAAGGCCUUGCAGCUUCCAAAUCUGCAGCAUCAUCAUGCGCGUUUGCAAUUUCUCCUCCAGCUCAUCAACGAAAUGUUUCCCGCUCCUUCUGCUUAA